CUGAAACAUGUCCACCCUCAGCAAACAUGCUCUAACCUGCGCAGUGUGUUCGUGGUUUGUAAUUGUUCUCGUUCUCCGUGUCUGAACACGGACACACACACACACACACACACACAGACUCACACUGCAUGUACAAGAACAUGACAGAAGCAGGUGAAUACAGUACAGUGACGGUGGUCCCCCGCAGUGCUUGGAAGGCAGUGGAUGUGCAAAUCAAAGAAAGAUUACACAAACCUGCUGAUAAGCUUAUUAUCCAUCACACAGCCAUGUGGAGCUGCUGGAGUCACACAAAAAGCAUUGCUCAGCUAGUACACAUUCAGCAAAUACACAUCCAUGAGCGGAAUUUCUCAGACAUCGGCUACAACUUUUUGGUGGACCAGACUGGGGUGAUGUAUGAAGGCCGUGGCUGGGGUAUCAUAGGAGCACAUGCAAAAUUACAUAACCAUAACUCUGUCGGUGUUGCUUUUAUGGGCAACUUUAAUGAUGAGUCACCGAGCUUGCAGGCUUUGUCAGCUGUGCGCGCUUUGAUCCAACAUGGCGUAGCCGAGGGAUAUUUACAGCCCAACUUCAUGGUUUUGGGACACAGAGACGUUGCAGAUACACAGUGUCCGGGAGAGAAGCUGUAUUCCUCACUACACAAACUCAAGACCCCAAUAAACCAACCAUCGUGAAUGUU